AUUUUGGUCACUAGUCGAGUAAACCAACUACUGAUGGAUUAAUAGCACAAAACAUAGAUUUUUAUCUGAAAUGUUGGAAAGACUAGUUGCAUGGUUUUGCAACAACUAUCUGGGACGGUAUCUUGAAAAUUUAAAUACUGAUCAACUCUCCGUUGCGCUUUUGCAAGGGGAGGUUGAGCUAGAAAAUGUCCCACUAAAGCAAGACAUCCUAGAUCAACUUGGCCUACCCCUUCAAAUCCAUGUUGGAUUUGUUGGUAAAAUUAGUUUCCAGAUACCUCUGAGGAAAAUAAGGAGUGAGCCAUGGGUUAUAUCCUUUGAGCAACUUUAUUUGGUUGCUGGCCCAAAGGAUAAAAACGAACCUUACAAUGAAGAAUCAGAGGAAAAUGCAGCCUUGGAGCGCAAGAUGGCUGCUCUAGAUUUGAUGGAAGCUGAAUGGAGAUCAGAGAAUGACCCUCAAGGGUUGUCAUCAUCAUCCCUGUACUCGUUGACUUAUUCAUCUUGGCUCAGCUAUGGAGCAAGUCUUGUCACCAACAUUGUUCAAAACAUACAGUUGAAAGUUAAAGACAUACACAUCCGAUAUGAAGAUGGUAUAUCCUGUCCAGGAAAAAUAUUUGCGUGUGGGAUACGCGUCGAUUCGCUCACCGCGCAGACGUGUGAUGAAAGUUGGGUACCAAAGUUCAUGUCAGCAACAAAUCAGGGGCUUAUGUAUAAACUACUGGAACUUGACGGGUUGGCGGUGUAUUGGGAUACAAACACGGAGCUCUUUGCAAAUCUACCACUGGAUGUUUUAUCUAGCAGGUUAAUGCAACCUUGCUCCAUCGAAAGAAAUGAAUUUCUCUUGGCUCCUAUCAGUGGUUAUGCACAUUUGAAAAGGAACUGUAAUGUCAAACCUCUUCGAUCACUCAACCAGCCUCGUGUAGCGUGCGAUUUUCAGCUAGACCGAGUCAAUAUUGAAAUUCGGGACGUUCAAUAUCACCAAUUGGUUCAGUGUUGCAGGUCUCUUGAAUUGUUGUCUCGUGGUCUCCAGUUCCGUCGUUGGCGCGUAGACAGUGAAGUUCAAUCAAAUCCACAUCCUCGUCAAUGGAAAUUCUCAGUGAAUUGCAUUAUUGCUGAAAUUCGGAAAAGGAACCAAUCUCGAAAUUGGCCAUUUGUAAUUCGUCGCGCCAAAGAAAUAGUUCUGUAUGUUCAAUCAUUUAAGGAACAUCUUCUUAAUCCAAUCGGGAUGACAGCAGAAUCAAAGCUGCAACGUGAAAGAAUUGAAUCAGAGCUUGAGCUACAAGAACUACAAGUGCUGCGAUCAAUUGCCAUGCAGCAAAUCGCCAAAUCACAAUCGAAAAGUGAAUCGAUCUUAGGCGAUGCGGUGACAGGAAAUUCAUCAUUAUUUCAGCGUUGGUUCUCAUCCUGGUGGUCGGCAGAGGAAAGUACCAAUGGAAAUGAGCAAUCAGCUAACGAAGACAGAGUGGAACACGAGAUCCUCGAAACAUUAGAAGAUGCGAUGAGAGAUAAUACAGUCCGUCAGCGAGAUAUUCUACCACUACAAUUGAGUUCAACUUUGAAACAAGGGUUGAUCCGCUUGUCCACCUGUCACAGAACUGAAACAGGUCAAUCUUGGAGUACUCUCCUAGAAAUAGAGUUUGAUAACGUUUUGCAAGAAUGGGAGUCAAGACCAAGACUGAAAUCAAAUAAAUUCCAUCUCAGUCUGGGGAAUGUGUGGGUUCGCGAUUGUUCCACCACUGGUUCACUUUUCCCGCUAAUCGUGUGUCCGCAAAGAAAAGAUGCGCGACCUUACAAGUCUUUUGCCGGAAUGGGUUCUCUUCUACCUGGAUUUAACCUGCCGUUCUUUCGCAGCAGUCCGUCAAGUCCAAAUUUGAACGUUUCACAAGAUGAAGCGCCGCUUUUUGAUUUCGUUUAUGAAAGACAUCCUCCCGGUAGUAAUUGGGAUCACCGAUUGAAAAUAACGUCGUUGGCCAUUGAAUGUGUUUACAAUCACAGUUUAUUUAAAAAAAUCAUUGAACUCUAUUCCGUACCACAUAACACAACGGAAGAGAGGUCAGCAUUAGGCCAACGACUACGCCAGGCGGCACGAUCGGGUUUUGAAGCCGUCAAGCAGAAAACGAAAGAAAGUUUAACGCAGACGUUAACGCCCUCAUCCGUGAAUUUAUCAUCAGAGCUACAGUCAUGGGACUUGCUAAUUAACAUCUCUGCGCCCCAUAUUCUUAUACCGGAAUCGGUUGUGAGUCGCGAUUCGCUUCUUAUGAUCAUAGAUUUUGGACAUUUCCAUGUGACGCGCAGUACUGUCAAUUGCAUCGCUGCUGAAUUAGAAACGACAACCAGAAAUAGCAAUGAAGACGACGACGACGAACAAUACAUCACCCCUUGCUCGACGCCGCCCAAUGAAUCAGCUGUAACCACACCACUUGACGACACUCACGACGUGAAUAGCUUUACGAGUGGUAGCAAGGAAUGCAAUGAUGUAUCGGAUAAGUAUAAUGUACACUUUUCCGAUCUACAGCUGCUCGUGUGUCGCGUCAAAGACAACUGGAAGCAAGCGCAUUUAAAAGGCACAUCCGCCCUCCACCUUCUGGACCGAUUUUCUAUUCUGAUCCAUGUCGAAAAGUACGGAAGAAUCCUACCCGAUUUGGAGAAACCAUUUUUGACUUUGACUGGAUCCCUACCUCACCUUGUGGCCCAUAUUAACGAACCAAAGAUCCACGCUCUUCUGUCUGUGUCCAAGCAAUUCCGUCCCAACGUUGUACCCACUUCUGUUUACGAUACAGCCUCUGAAGAUGGUGAUACCGACGAAACGGAUGCAUCCAUAACUGAAACGGAGAAGUCGGAAGAACAUUGGUUCAUGGCCCAAUUUAAUAUUGAACAACUUUCAGUGGAAGUUCAGUCACGAGGACGAAGUGUUGCCGAACUACAAGUGGGUGGAGUCCAGGCCAGCUAUUCCAUGCGUCCGUCGGAUAGUUCGAUUCAUCUGGCCGUUCAUAGCUUACUGCUAGUUGACGCUAUGCAGACUCUGGGUUCAGACUACGAGCUAUUGAUCGCCAGCCACAAACACGUCAGCAUGGAUAGCAUGAGUGGAAGUUUAAAAGAAAGCGAACCGACUUUGCCCGUCUCUGUUUCAUCGUCGGAUCCGUCUUCCCACAAAGGACAGCCGGCCACAUCGCCCGUGUCACUUGCCCAGCAGGCCCUAACUUGACUGCAAACCGAUUCUUCUUGGAGGAAAGAUGGCCUGUCACCACCAAUGGCCCGUCACCGAAUGGCAGCCUCGGCUUUGAAAUCUGAAGCGCUAAUAUUGAUAGACAUUGUGACAGUGGAACCAACAUGGGUCGAUGGUAAAGCCGAAGGCCGCAUUCGAAUCAUCAAAGUCCACUUCAAUUCGUUAGAUGUUAUAGCGAACCAAGAUACGGUUGUGGAACUGGCCAGUUUUUUUCAACGCGUUAUGCCCAAAAAAACAAUGCCCUCCAAUCCUGACGAAUCAAACUUGUCUACUGGGCUACAUACGAGUCAAUCACGAUUCCCACCAUUUUCCUUUGUUCCAGACGGUAGCACGGAUAUUACGUUUGAUUUCCAUCGUCUAACUAUCCUACUUCUUCGAUCGGUGGUCAAAGAAGAAAUGCUUGUCGGCCGUAAAGUAGCCACACUCACUGUCACCGAAGCCCACAUAAGUGGUAAUUUAGCCUCCGACGUCCUCGUUCAAGGAUCCUUGGGCGGACUUCAAGUGCUGGACCUAACUCCGGAAGGCCAGAAGCAUCAACGAGUCAUCAGUGUUGGCCACGACCCAUUAGUCGAGCAGCACCGGAACCUUUACAUGCUGGUCAGCCAAGGACUCUACGAGACGGCCAAAGACAAAAAUGAAGUCAAAGCAUUCAGCUUCAAGUUUCUGCAACCGGGAUUGGAGGUCCCCUGUGAAGAAGAAGAUGGCUACAAGCUGAGCCUCGAAAUUCGAAUGGCUUCUUUGUGUUAUAGCCAUUCGGUUCAUUUUCUUGCAGAAGUUACUGCCUGUGUAAGCGAAUUCAAACAGUCCGUUUCUAAUAUGGCCAUGUCUCUGAAAUUAACGGCGGCUGAAAUGGCCGUUGAUUUGCUACACCGUGGAACGGAGGGUUUAGCCCAAAGCAUUUACAUCAGUGGUUCCACAUCCGUGACUGAAGGCCUUAGUCUUAACGCCAUGAAAGAGGCUAAUGACGAAGAGCAACCAUCACUACCAUCCAGAGUUUGUUUCACCGCAUUACUGGAGAGUCCUAUUCUGGUCUUGCCGCGAUCCGCCAAGAGUCCUCAAGUGUUGGUGGCGCAUUUGGGCCAAAUUGAAAUUUCCAACGAUAAAAAGAUGGAAUCAGAGCAUUCAUCACAGUUGUCCGAAGAGCUUUCUGGUGGGACGCACAAGGAGCAUUUUGAAGUGGACGUGCGCGACAUGAGUCUAUAUUCACUGAAUGUCGACGAAAAGUGGAAGAGUUCCUUUAGUCAUUUCUACACUGGGCCAUCGGCUUUUCUGCGCAUUACGGCCCAGGAGCUUUACAGUUGCGCUAGUCCACAUGGUCGGCCCAUUUUACACGACACGUUGUUGAAAUUCUCUCUUCAUCGCAUAGUCGAUCGACCCAUUCUGAGUGACGCCGAUCCUUUCCUUUUCCCGCUGACAGAUUUCUAUCCGAAACUGGAAGUCUGCGACGUCUUUCAAGUUCGUGGAUGUGUUGUCUCUCCUCUACAAGUGUCGCUUUCCAAAGAUCAAUACCAACAGAUAAUCCAAUCACUGGACAAUCUCAAUUGGAGCAAGGUCGACGCGUCCAGUAAUUUCGAAGCUGGGCCAGAUCCGUCUACCAAGAAUCGUACACCUACACGAAUCAAACAGCGGGAACUUAUCCUCAAUUUCAAGUUCCAAUUGCCAAGGUUUUCCAUGGAAUUACUGGACAAUUCAAAUCGAGCUAUUGUCAGUCUUUCCUUCGAAGAUUUCCUAGUAGCAUAUGAGCAAAAUUGCACCUUCUCUGCUACAAUACAAACAUCUUUGAAGUCUUUGAUUCUGGAAGAUCUAAUGGUGAAAGAAGAUUCCAAGUAUCGACGAUUAGUAGCUUCGAAUGAUCGCCAAUCGGAUAGGAUAGCCGGAAGACCCAAUUUAAGUUCCUUUAUGUCAUCUUCCUGUCCUGAUUUACGUGCUCAAGGACUGUACACUCCUGGAUCAAGAUCCUUGCCAGCCAGAUUAGAAUCCGACAAAUCGCAAUGGAAGUCUAGCGUCCGUGCCAAGGCUCCACAGAAGAAGCCCAUUGCAAAAUGCCCAAGUACACCACCGUCAUCGUCGUCCGUGAUGUACCAUCAGCGUUUUACACGAUCCGGAGUUGACGACAAUAAUUUGGUUUUCAUUAAAAUCCUGCUAGUUGAUCCUGACAGUCCAGAUUUUGCUCUCAAAUAUAACAGCACGCAUCGUUUUAUUGAGAUCAACUUCAACGCACUGGACGUGAUUAUCAACCUGGAAUCGUGGGUCAUGGUGCUCGAUUUUUUUGGUACAAGUACGACCAAAGUUAGUCAGCAACAAAAGAAGAAAGUUGCAGCUUCUUCUCCUGGCUAUCAAGAUUGGUCAAAAGUAGCUAACGCUCAUACUUUGAACUCGCGCUGGGAAGUCGAGGUCCGUUCCUUCAGUGUUCUACUUAACCGAAAAGACUACGAAGUCGCUGAAGCUACUAUAUCCAACCUAACUUGGGAGAUGGCGUCGAAGCGGGGCAAUCUGAAUAUCACCGGAAAGUUGGGCAGCAUCACCGUUCAAGAUUUGACUUCAGCCGGACGAAUGUACCGCGAACGAUUCAUCACUUCGGGCAACGAAGCCCUGGAUUUCCAGUUCUUCUGUUUCAGUGCCGAUGAUCCGCACCUUGCCCGCGAUUACGACGUCCGACUUAACCUCAACAUGGCUUCCGUCUUGUACGUCCAUACCCAACUGUUCUACACCGAGUGUUUUUCAAUGCUGGAACAAUUCCAAGAACUACGUCGAGUAGCUAGCACUUUCAGCGCUACCGAACAGAGUGGCGCUGCGAAUGCCUCUCGAAAACCCUGGCGUCAUGGAACACGCAUCUUGUUAAACGUUGAAGCCGGUUCGCCGGUUAUUCUUGUCCCAAUAUGUUCCACAUCGGAACAUUUAUUGGUGAUCGAUCUCGGUAGAAUAUCUGUUUCGAACAAGUUCGUAGUGACUGAUGGAUCAACCUACCUGCCAACAAUCAACAAAUCACGCAAACCGGACUUAAAAUGCUUGCCGCUUGUGCCCAUUACCGCCAAUCCAGAAGCCGUUCUGGUUAAUGUAAUUCAAGUGGAAUUAUCCAACAUGGAUCUGUGUACGGGUCAGCGACAGAAAGCCAAUCGUUCGCAAGUUGGGGAUCUGAUUCUAGGUUCUUACCUGAUCCGACGAAGUGGCCAAUCUCUCCUCAAAGACACCUGCGAAAUGAAACUGGAAGUUCGGCGCAACUUGGAUUCACAUCUAAAACGUCCGGUUCCUGAUAUGGACCUCUGUGGGUUGCUCUCCUCUGCACAAUGUUCCAUUGAUGAACAUCAGUACAAAUUAGUGCGAGGCCUGUUAGCCUUCAAUCUUGGCGAACCUGUAGAUUUCCUACAAUCAGACCAACCUCCACCCACCAGCCCUAUUCAAUUUCCGAAUGACUCCAAACCACCAAUGUGGGCAAAGCUCAAGAUACAUAUCGACUUGGUGGAUGUCAUGCUGGAAGUAAAAGACUCGAGAAUAGGAGCGUUUUCCACCAUUAAGUUCAUCGAUUCGCGCCUUGUUUACGAGAGUAAUAGCGAUGGGUCGAAAGAUGUCGACCUCGUUUCACAACAGGUUGUCAUACGAGACACUCGAUACGAUGCAUCGUCUUCAACCCAAUCAACUGCAAAGAGGAAUGUCUUCACUCAAAUUCUGGAACCUGUGACAAAAGCCCGCGGAGAAGGUUCCCUACAAGCUGAAGUCCAUUAUCGCUCAACGGAGGAUUUCACUCGAUUUACCGUUGUCCUCAACAAUAUGAGAUUGUUGGCGAUCAUCGAUUGGUGGACGUUAUUCCGUGAAUUUCUUCUUCACAGUCCAGAUGAAUAUCGUGGAACAAACAACGAUAAAGGUGAUGUUAAACCUCACGCUAAAUGGACAGCAACUUCAACAAAGCCCAGCCCUAUUAUCGUUUCAACGGGAGUGAUAAGCAAACGGGCUGCUUUAAUAGAUACAAGAAAAGUGCCAGUUGAAUUUAAGAUCAACAUUUCCGACUCAGAAGUAGUAAUCAUUGAAGACACCUCUGUCAAAGAUUCUUCUGCAGUUAUUCUUAAGGGAACGGCGUUGCUGACUUACAGACCACAAAUCCAUAGCAAACCGCUAUCUUGUCAGCUAAACCGGGUUGAAAUAUUUUCAAGUCAACUCAACCUCGAAGAGGAAACAGCGUUAUCCAUCGUAGAUCCAGCCACCAUUAGCAUCGAAAUCGUUGACAAAUCGAGUGCCACUGAUGUCAAAGGCAUCUUGGACGCUACUAGCUCCGAUUUGCACCAGAUCCUUGAAGUUCAAGCGCAGCAAGUCAUUCUUCGUCUUUCGUACAAUGAUAUGAAACUCUUUAUGAGGAUUCUCGACAGCCUUCCGCAUCAAGCUCGUCUAACAUCUACUGAAUCGAUUGUCGUUAAUGAAGUAAACAAAUUGAAAGCUCUUGGAUUCUCCACAGACGACUGCCAGACAGCGUUACAAUCUUGUAACGAUAACUUGGAAGAAGCAGCUCUUUGGUUAACGCAGAAUGCGUUGACUGUAACUGGACAACGGCAACCAGAAAUGGCUGAAAUCCAAAUCCGUGGCAUUGAAAUCCGAACGGGCUGCAUUAGCCUUUGCGUUAUUGACGACUGUCGUGAUGCCGAUUUGCCUUUAGUAGAAAUCACGACAUCUCAGCUCCUUCUCCGGCAAUCAAUCGACGUCGCCCAAAUGACCGGCGAGGGCUCCUUAACUUGUCAGUUUGCCAUCGAUUAUUAUAAUCGUGUUCUGUCUGGUUGGGAGCCAUUCAUCGAACCAUUCAAAUGCCAUGUACAUUGGAAUUUUCUGCCUUUUUAUGGAUCCAUUGCUAAUCGACGAAAUCAAUCCAUCUUCUUUGACACAGAAGACGUAGUGAAUUUAACUUGCACCAGAGCUUUGCUUGAACUGUUCGGAACUGUAAAGAGGAACUGGAUGGAAGAUUAUUAUGGUCAAAAUAGCAAGGAAUUGUCUAGUCAGCUGGAUGGAAACAGUGUGGUCCGUCAACGAUCUCCUUUCGUGCCUUUCGCCUUGCACAACGCCACUGGUUCGAAAAUCAAAUUCCGGACAUUAACAGCCAGUUUGUUGACCGAAGGUGCACCGUCGGCAGCUUCCACGAAAAGCUCGCGCUGGAUACAUUGCGAGGCAGGCGAAGUUGUUGCAUUUAGUUUCGAAAAUCGAGGCAAACUACGUCACCACGAUAGCCAUCAGACGCAAACUCACCAGCUUUCUAUCGAACUGGACGGUUGGAUGGAAUUUGGGCCUGUCUCAAUCGAUCGAGUUGGAGUUUAUUUUCGAUAUGCGUCGGUGCAUAAUUCGCCCAGUAGACGCAAUACAGUGGCCGUUGAGCGAGAACUGGAACGCGUCUUGGUUGUGAUCGCUGUCACAUUGGAAGGGUCAGCUCGUCGUCUGGUAACGGUUCGUUCAGCUUUACAGGUGACCAACAACUUAGAAGAGACUGUUGAACUACGCCUAGAGCCGCCUGCAUUCAACCUUCAUCCUAGCAAAACUGUCCGUGUUCCCCCGUGCACUACUUAUCCCAUUCCAAUGUCCUAUUUAAUGUCUCAGAUAUUUGUACGGCCAAUGGCCGAAAAACUGCCUCACGCUUUCAGCUUUUGCAAAGAUCCGAUUGAAUGGCAUGCGUCCACCCAAACAACUGCAAAUAUACGACAGUGCAAUCCGGUGAUUAGUAAGAAAGAUUUAACCUAUCGCUUCGCUGUCGAUAUCCAUCGAGAGAACUUCCCUCCAAAGAAGAUAAAUACGGAUGAUUCGGAGUGGACUGCACAGCCAGCCCAUACGAUUACGCUUCUGAGUCCGUUGGUUGUUGUUAACUUGUUACCUUACGAAUUAUUAUGGGAACUCAAAGCCGUUGGGCAAAGUGGUAUCAUUAAACCUGGCAAAUCAACGUCCAUUCACACCAUUAACGUUUCAGCUGGCUUUCAAAUUGCAUUCCGCACCGAAAAUUUUGUCCAUUCAAGCGAUUUGGUUAUUGGAACGUCUCCCUACAAUUUCACCACCCGAUUACGGCUCUAUGAUAGCGCCAAUCGGUUACUUCUACUACAGGUGAAAAUAAGUUCCAAAGCUCCUGGAUCUGUGAAAUUAUCCAUUUCGGCACCUUAUUGGCUAGUUAAUAAAGCUGGAAUACCACUCAUCUUCCGACAAGAGGGAGUUCAGCAAGAAGCAGCAGGCCAAUUUGACGAGCACGAGAUGGCUCGGUCCCUCUCACCGAUGCUGUUCUCUUUCACGGACAGAGAGGCUAGCACCACGCUGACAGCCCGUAUCGGAACUGGGCUGCAUCUUGGGUGUAAGCCACAUUGGUGUCAGCCUUUCCCGAUACAGAAAGGAGUCACAGUCCGCAGUUUUCUGGUCUCGCCUCGAGAUGGUCGUCCGGAAUUGGUUUACCUCGUUGGGAUUUCGAUACGUUCUGGACGUGGUCGAUAUCGAGACACCCAAAUUGUUACCUUUGCACCUUGCUACCAGCUUUAUAAUCAAUCAAGUUGGACAUUGGAGGUCUCCCAAGCCUAUUUUGCAACUACCUUUACCGAUCCUGGAGCCCAGUCAACUUAUUUGAAUUUGGUUCCUGGUUGUCAUUUACCAUUCCAUUGGCCUCGUUUGGACAAGGAUCAGUUACUCUGUGUUAGGCUACUAGACGUGAAAAACUGCCAUUGGUCGGGAGGUUUUGCCAUUCAAAACAUCAGCUCGUUCCAUAUUAACAUACGUGAUGGUGAAAGCCGUGCGAAUUUCCUUCGUGUUGAGAUAUUUCAACAAGAGUGCACUUUCUGCGUCGUUUUCAGCGAUGCAACCGGCUUUCCUCCGCCACUCAGAGUCGACAACUUGGCCCUAGUCCCAAUCAUGUUUCAUCAAUCUGAUGUCCCGGAAGCGUAUUUGCAUACUACCGUACGCCCCGGUAGUUCAGUGCCAUACGUUUUCGAUGAACCCACAAAACCUGCCCGUCUCAAUAUUAUUGCUCCUGGUGGGGCCUCGUCCUCCUACGACAUGACGACAUUAAAAGAGGGAAGCCAGCUAACCUAUGAAAACUUCAUUUACGUGUGCCUUACUGUUACGUUUAACGGUGAUGACAUGUCGACUGGCAGUGCGCUCGAUCCCAACAACGUUGAGCUAGUUCUUGACGUGCCAGAGGGUACGAGGGUCGUACUGAGUAGCAAAGAAACUGGUAAAAGAUCACAACUAUGGCGCAUGACUGGCAGUGGGAUGCUGCAACACGAAGGAAGUAGUCCUCCACGAGAUCCGUCAAAUCCUCAGAUUGAUCCGUCGCGCAUACUUGUUUUGGACAUCGCUGGUCCCGCGCUUCAGCCCAGCGAGUUUGUUCAUCUUAUGCUGCGGAAACCAGAUCCUCGACGGCAAUUGACCCAGACCUGGCACUUCACAGACGAUGGACGUCUUUGUUGUGGUCAUAAAAACGUUUUCGUUCAAGCGAAGGAUGGCUUUUACGGCAUCCGUCAAGGCCUUUCCUGUAAAACAUGGAGAAUGUGGAAUGACGUUGUUUUGGGCCCAGCUCAGUCUGUGACAUACUACCGACUGCCCAGUGGAGUCCCGGCAGAACAGGCGAUACACUGGCAACGGCUUCGACCCGGCUCCGGUUGCUUGAGUGUUAAGACUAUCAUGGACGGUCCAACCAGGGUACUUCAAGUUGCUGAUUUUCUCAACAAACCCCCGCAUUCUCAUUCAACUGAAAACUCGGUCACGGCUUCCAGCGAUGCGGAGAUUAAUAAUAAACAGUUGAAGGUGGAAAUGAAGUUCAAAGGAGGCUUGGGCCUCAGCAUCGUGAACCAUUCACCUCCCGAAGAGCUGGCCUAUUGCCGAUUGACAAACAUAUCCCUAGAACUCAUCGCAGGAGAUGGCACGCUAAGCAUAGAUGCCAGUGUUCAUUCCAUUCAAAUAGACAACAGUCUGCAGGAUCCACAUUGUCCGGUUGUUGUCUACGUUUCCCCAUCUGACAAUCAGGAUCAAUCGAAGGAUAUACCUGCCCUUCGCAUAACUGUACGUCGACACUUGACGAGCGGUCUCAACGCUGAUAUCUUCAAGAAUUUGAUAGUGACAUUCAAGAACUUGACUAUCAACAUAGAAGAGAACCAAUUAUUCAAGCUUCUUGCAUUUGCGGGAUUCAACCAAUCUGAUCUUGAAUUAGAGAGAAUAGAUGAGAGCGAAUACGAAUCCCAACGAUCACUUAACGCUGCCACUUCAAUCGAUGCCAAACGAUACUACUUUGGUAUAUUGAAAUUAGCACUCGAACAGGUGCGUCUGAGUGUUUACACGUCAAGCAAACUACCGCCAGAAUUAAAAGCUAUUAAGCGAAAGUUAGGUUUGACUUUAAUCAAAUUUGAAGAUGCUAAUAUAGAACUACAUCCGUUCAUCCGAUCGCAUCCUUUUGAAACGGCGCAGUUAAUUAUCGAUUCGGUUGUCAAACAUUAUAAAGAUGAGCUAAAAUCACAAGCUGCCAGAAUUCUAGGCUCGACCGAUUUCCUCGGUAAUCCACUAGGUUUUGUCAACGACGUGUCUGAAGGAGUUUCGGGCUUUUUGAAUGAGGGCAAUGUUGGUGCUCUUGUUCAAAACGUUACAUUUGGUUUGUCGAAUUCAGCCGCUAAAGUCACGGGAUCACUGUCCGAUGGACUUGGCCGCGUCACGAUGGAUGAAAGACACGAAGAAGUCCGACAGCGUCUCUUAAAACAUACGGGCCAAAGUGCUGACCAUCUAGUCGCCGGCUUGAAAGGAUUUGGUUUUGGAAUACUUGGCGGCAUGACUUCCAUUUUCACUCAGACUUACGAGGGUAUGUCUAAUGAAGGAAUUGGCGGUUUCUUUACCGGUUUCGGCAAAGGUUUGGUGGGAACGGUAACCAAACCAGCAGUUGGAAUGCUGGACUUGGCCACUGGAGCAGCCUCGGCUGUUCGUGACUCAAGCCGCAGUUCAUCAAAAGAAAUCCCUAAAAGAAUUCGUCCACCUCGUUUAGUUAUAGGACCAGGGGGUAUACUCCCUCGUUAUUCGGAGAAGCAGGGCCGCGGACAGGAGCUUCUCUUCCAGCUUAACCGCCACGAGUAUCGGGAAUCUUUCAUCGCAUAUGAAGCACUUGGAAGUUUACCAGAAAGUUUGCACAUGUUGAUUUCGAGCGAGCACAUUCGAGUGUUCAGUAUGAAUAACCCCAACAAGGAAGUCGUUCUUGAUAUCCAUCUGUCGGAACUCCAAAGCUGUAAAUCGGUAGUCAUAAAAGAUUAUGGCACACAGAGCACAGCGCACUACUACGUCGAGCUCAGUUUACUUUUGGAACCGGACAAUCCUCUUGGCGCACGACGGCCACAAGUUCGCUGCGAUUCCGAAUCGCUCGCAAAACGAGUGGCUCAAGAAAUCAAUUAUGCCAAGAGUGUGUACGAAGAAAAUCGCCAUUCGCUGGUAUCGUCGUCCAAGUUUUCCUCUUAGCUGCUCACGUUUAGUCAUUCUUUUUCAUACCAUCAGGUAUGAAAUGAAUUGUUAAUCUUAAUUUUCACAGCGAAAGGUGUAAAGGUAAUUACUUCUUUAAACGGAAGUGUAUUAAUAAGGCUACAUGUUGCAUAAUGCUUAACUUUCAUCUGCUAUGUGGUACUUGCAGGAACAAGGGCUGAAUGUGAUCUAAACGAUUCAAUUCGUAUGAAUAAAAAUUGGGUGAUACUUUUACAAA